AUGGACUCAAAGACUUUGUAUCUAACACUGGUGGCCGUAACGAUAUUUGCCAAGGCGAGCAGCGAAUUUACAUUCGAUUCGACUAGAGACUCUGAUAAAAGUAAAGUAAUGAGAACAGUUUGGAGAGAUAACGACGACAGCCCAGAUUAUAAAUUUAAUAAGGGAUAUUCAUCUGCAUACAACGACGAAGAUGAUCGUGUCCGGAAGGGUCUCGCACACGGGGACUGCGAACACGGUAAAAGAGCCGACGAUAAAUUUGAGAAAUCGAGGGAUAAAUUAGAAAAAGAAAAUGGCGGCGAUGAUAGGAAUAUGCAACGCGCGUCUGCGUCAGAACGGGAUGACCGAUCAAAUCGUACCGAAUCCGACGACGAUCACGAUGACAAACACCGAUACGACUAUCAUCAAAGCCACAAUUAUUCCCACUGCCAUCGAUUAAGGGACAAGGAUCACAACGGGAAUAAGAAAAACGGCAAGCACGGUGGAUUUCUUUGCAUUCGGAUCGUGCAUAACCGAAAGGAAGUGAAUAAUAAACGCGACCGCUGCGACUAUGGCGACUGCAAAUAUGGCGGGAAGCACUACGACGACGAAUUUAAAUACGGGUAUGGGGAUAACGAAAGAAAGCAUGACAAGCACCACGACGACGAAGGUAGCUACGAUGCGUACAGAAACCGUAAAGAGUAUAAUAGGGAGAGUUUUCUCGAUCACGAUCGCAACGAAGGUGUCGACGACCACGGGCCGUAUUAUCAUUACGAAUAUAUCCUAAGCGACGAUAACUUCCAUAAAGAUUAUCCUAGUUCCACGGAUUACCACCAUUAUCGACACCAAAACAGGCUGGAAAGUUGCAGUUCUCACCUGACCGCAUUUAAUACCACGAUGAGAGACACGAGGUUCAAGGUCGGUAUCGCCUUGACCAUCACGCUGGCUCUCGGCCAUCCAUCACGAGCCGGUCUGAUAUCCCUGGACGGAGAGGCUGUUGGCGAACACCAGGAUCCCUUGCAGCACGGUUCACUGGCCAGCUCGUACCUGCAGUUUCACGGGCCUGUCGAGGGGCCGGUGUACGAGGUGAAAGUACCGUACGCGGUGACUCACGAGGACAACUCGAACGACUUGCACGGGCAAGAGCAGCAGGAGCAAGGCUACGCGCUCGACUACGUGGCGCAUCCCAAGUACGAGUUCUCGUACGGCGUGGAGGAUCAUCGGACGGGCGAUUUCCACGGGCAGAAGGAGACGCGAGACGGAAGCAGCGUCUCCGGUCAGUACAGCGUGAAGGAACCAGGUGGUGGUGUUCGGGUAGUCAGCUACCACGCCGACAAGGAUGGAUUUCACGCCGUGGUGCACACUUCCGGCAAGAACGACCACUCGGCCGAUGUCUACGCUGGCCGAGGUCAGCUUCAGGUUCACGAUCAUCAGGCCGAGGCGCAACAGGAACAAGACGCCCACGAUUACGUCGCGUCGUAUUCCGACAACGAGGGAUAUUGA